AUGCUCCUUCACGCGUCGUUGCUGAGAAAAUUCUACAAAUUUCGAGGAACUCGAUCAAGCUCAUCCGAUUCACGGAGUCGUUGCUCAUCUUGCGGCUCAAUGAUGGUCGGCUCAAUGUCAUCAAAAACUCAAUCAGUUCCCAUUCAUCACACGAAUUCACUUCCAUCGCUCAUCUUUCACACUCCGAAAUUCUCGAUGAAAAAGAUUCCGUCAACUGUUUUUCUU